AUGGCCUGUUUCAUCCAGCUACGCGAUACGGUGCCCUCCUGGAUCACCGACGUCAAUCAACUAUCCGCCCAUGUCCACACCAAGCGAGCCGAGUUCGCUACCGAAGCCGAGAAAUCGAAUGAUGCAUCGUCACCUCUCCGCCGAAAGAAAUCGAUCAGCAGCAGUCUAUCGUCUGUCCGCAGCCAACGAGGCGGCGUCAAGCCAACAGCGCAGGGCCUGAAGCGGUUCUUGUCGCGAGAGUCUUUGAAUCAGGACGAUGGCGUUAAGAAACAACGAAUAGUGGAAACCGAUCAAUCAGUGAAGAUUGCUGCUUCCGAAUCCAUCAUACCAGCGCCGUCAGUCAGACGAGGCAAGCCAGCACGGAUCAUUUCCUACGAUGGCCACACUCAAAAGGUCCUCGAGAAAAUGGUACGAGAUAUUUGGACCGCCAAGAGCAGCAUCCGGUCAUCCCGCAUCUCGUCGUCCAUGCGCACUGCUUUUGGGGGGCGAAUGAAAAUGCACAUCCCCGUCAAGAACUCAUACAACGAAAGCAGAAUCCCAGAAAUAACCGCAGACGCCAAAGCGGAUAUUGAAGUCGAUUUGGAUGCGGCCGCUGCAACAGAUAAUGAAGACGGAUUAGAAGAUCAAUUACAAUUACGCAUGUUGAUGAUGAAGCAACGAGCACGUCGGAAUCAGACUACUUUUACACCUCUACCACAAUCACGCUAUCAACAACCACAACCGCCUACGCGCUCGAAGGAGAGCCCGUAUGAUUUCAUUGAGGGUCAACUUGAGAAUGCACAGAAUCUGUGCGAAACAGCAGCAUACAAGUUCCUGCGCGAAGGCAACUGUCUUGACGAGUUGGACAGAAUCAAGCAGGCAUACGAACUGAUCCUCGAAGCCUCGACAACAAUGGCCGAACAGGAAGAAGAAAAAGUCAAAGCCGAACGUGAGCAACAAGAAGACGCCGUCACCAAAUCCGACGAUACAAUCGCAGUAGAUGAAUUGGAGACUUCCGUCGCCGCUGCUACCCCUGCUGUGGCUUUGACGUCCAAGGACUCUGGCGGAAAUGAUCCUGAAGAUAUCAACGCGGGUCUGCUUGAAGUUGAUGACCGGUCUGAUGCGUCCGAGGUCUCUAUUGAUAUAAGCGCCUUCCGUAUGACGCGGUAUGGUCAGCGGACUAUGGCUCCGUUCACAGUCAAUCGAACCAGAUAA